CGCUCAGGGAGCAAGUGAUGCUACCGCUGAGUCCAACACAUCGCUAUCUUUCCACUUUAGGCAACACAGAACGUUCCUGCGCAGGUCCUUUGAGUAUUUAAUCACAUCUAUCACACGGAAGUGUUUUUGGUUCAUAUUUUUCUGUCUUUCAUCACAUUUGGAUUCAUAAUGACUGGACUGAAGUUGAAAGGUGCACUGAUCUUGUGCGUCCUGUUACUACCGUCCUCGCAACCGAAUAGCCCGGUGCUGGACUGUCGCGAAGUGCGCUCGUCUUUUCAGUUUUUGUACCCGGGAAUUAAAUGGACCCCAGAAAACCCAGUCUCAGGCUCAGAUCUGCAGGUGUGCCAGCCAAAAGGCCUGACUUGCUGCUCUCGGAAAAUGGAGGAGCGCUACUUGCUUGUUGCCAAACAGAAUAUGGAGUCCAGCCUCCAGGCCACCAGUGUUCAUCUCAAAGUACUUAUCAUUCAAAACGCUGCCUUGUUUCAAGAGGCAUUUGACAUGGUGCUUCGUCUGGGUCGUAAUUCAACUCUGAUGAUGAUAAGAGAGGAGUUUCCUGGUUUGGGGGCUGGUGCCAGUGGAGCAGUCACUCAGUUAUUCCUGGACAUGUCUCUUUACAUCCUGGGAUCAGAUGCCAAUGUAAACGACAUGGUCUCGACCUUCUUCUCUCGCCUUUUUCCCCUCACCUACCGGCAUCUCCUUGGCAAUGGGGCUGUGGCGGGCAUUUCAGAGGAAUGCCUUCUUGGGGCAUGGCGCGGAACCUCUGCAUUUGGGUCCUUUCCUAAGAUGAUGAUGACCCGACUUUCUCGCUCACUCCUGGCCACUCGGGUCUUCCUACAAGCGCUGAACCUGGGCAUCGAAGUGGUAAAUACGACCCAGCAUCUUCGGGCAGGCAGGGACUGUGGGCGCUCACUGCUGAAGCUGUGGUACUGCCCACACUGUCAAGGGCUGCUGGAGGCUCGACCGUGUCGCCCUCUCUGCGUCAGCACCAUGGGGGCAUGUCUGGGGGGAGCGGUGGAGGUGCAGCCUCACUGGAGGGUAUACGUGGAGGAACUGGGCUCACUCGCUACUGCCAUGAGGGGUGAGCAGGACAUUGAGGCCGUGGUGCUCAGACUACACGUCAUUAUUAGACAAGCUCUGAAACAAGCCGUAGCGGCCAAAAGUAAAGUCAGCACACAGGCGAGCGGUAUAUGUGUGCAUGCACCCCCACGUGUAUCUCGAGCCAUAGCACUGUCGACAGAACACACAUCUGCCUCACUGCUGCCCCAAAGCCAUCCAACAGUGAACUUUGACCCGGAUGAGACCCUCUUCGAACGACGCAGGGAGUUUAUCUCAGGUCUGAGGGGCUUCAUUCAGUUCUACAGUGGGCUUGGAGAAGCUUUGUGCAGUAAAGAGCCAGCAGCACUCAACAGCUCCCUCUGCUGGAACGGACAGGAGAUGACAGACAAGUUUCUGGGACCAGGUCUAAAGAGAGUCCAUCCGCACGGUUCUGAAUCCAAACAAAAGCCUCCCGAACCCGUCAUCAGCCAGAUCAUCGACAAACUCAAACACAUCAAUCAGCUUUUGCGGAUGGUGACGUUGCCUGAGAAGCGAUGGAGGGCUCGACCAGGAGGGGGCACCGCAAGAAGAGAUCCAGCCAGACAGGGCCAGGGAGACGAGGAUGAGGAGGGUUUGGAGAGUGGAGAUUGUGAUGAUGAAGAUGAGUGCACUGGCGUUUCUGGACUUGGGCCGCCCCCGAGACGCAAACGUCUGCGCAUCUUUGCAGAUAUGGCGGAUAACUUGGCGAUUGACGACUUAACAUUUCACGAGCUGCUCCUGACUCCUAGAUUGGCCACGGACACACAUGCCGGACCAACUGUACCUGGAGCAGCCAGGGCGGCAUACGUUCCUAGUGCAACCUUCCUCUUUCCCAUCAUCAUCUUCAUCCUGUUGGGUCUUCAGUGAUCAUCAAUCCACUCUGAGUACCUUCAAACUUUGUUUAGAGUUUUAAAGAGACACUACUGAUAUCCAUGUGUACAUACAGUUCCAUGGUUUUGGCCAAGGACAGGAAUACUUCCUCUUUUCAGUCUCAAGUCUUGCCAUAUGAAAUUCUCGUUUUGAUAUUUUGUGUGGAUUCAAGGAUUUAAGUAUCAGCUUAAUGCCUAGACAAUGAAAUCUCAAUUCUUCAACAGCAUGAAGAGUACUACUUAAUAUAUAUAACAACUAUGUUUCUUUCCCCUGAUUGUAUGUCACAAAACAGCCAGGUGUUUUACAUUGAACAUUGCCUCCCCUCUGCUAUACACAUGCAGUUUUAAUGGUAGGCCAAAGCCUUCUGUAGGAAAAGUACCUAAAUCACUUUUGAGAAGACAAAGAGGCACAGCUUUUGUGAGUGGGCACACUUAAGGAGACAGAACCGUGACUGACAGAGUCUAGGAAUACAUGCAACUGCACUAGUGGACACAGACUAUCUCUGAUUCCUAGACUGUCUCACUGUAGCAAGGUUCUCCUCUGCUACUCAUUUCCUGUGCAGUAAAUGACCCUUGGAAGAGAGGACAUCAAGGCAUUGGCAUGUAGUUGUGAAACCCUCUCUUUCCAGGGUGACACAGCUGCACUUCAUUUACAAAAAAAUGCUUUUAAACUGUUUUAUUAGAAUGCUGACUUUCCUCUGUUCUUGUAUUAUUAUUGUGUGAUUAAAGUUUUCUCUUAAAGGGACUUCCUCUACAUUUCCUGUUUUUUGUUUUUGUUUGUUUGUUUGCUUUUACUUCCUUCAUUUACAGAUCACUAUAGCAUUUCCAACCAUAGAAAUGUGUGCUAUGGUAAUGGCUUGAUGGAUUCAUAUAUGUAAGGCCAUUUGUAAGGUUUUCUUUAUUUUUAUAUCUUCAUUUACAAAGGGCUAAACCUAUAAUCAGAAUGUUAUUGCUUGGGGAACCUGGUGUGUCCAAACACUGUUUUCCAUACAUUUACAUUUACAUUUAUUAAUUUGGCAGACGCUUUUAUCCAAAGCGACUUACAAAAGAGGAAGAACAUCAGCGAAUCAUCUUAGGGAGACAGUGGUACAAAAAGUGCCAUAUUACAAAGUUUCACUAUCAUCAGAAUAGUACACCAAACAGAUUUAAGUGCAACAAGAAAUGUAAAUAUUUUUUUUUUUUUUUUUUUUUUUAGU